GUGCAGCCAGGAGUCCCACCCGAACAGGAACGGGCUGGACUUUACCUCAAGUUCCCGCCGAAGAACCCGGCGGAACUCUACUCAUCCCACCAGUAGAAGAUGACGGGCUACACUGGAGGAGGAGAAAGACGUAACACCCAGCCUCCCCCAUCUUGCCCCCCACCCCCCCCCCCCUCCCCAAAAAACAAACUAACCACUGAAGGGAAUCCCAUCGAUAAAUAUGAAACUGGAGAUGGUGACCAUCAUCGCCUGGGAUGUGGACAUCGAGGUGUUUACCUGGGACAAAAUGCAGGAGAGGUUCGAGGCAGUGUUUAGGAUCUACGAUGAACAGACGACUUUCCAGAUGUUUAAAAGCUUCCGGAGAAUCAGGAUCAACUUCAGCACCCCAGAGGUCGCUGCCCGCGCUCGCAUCGAGCUGCACGAGUCCGAGUUCAACGGCAACAAGCUCAAACUCUACUUCGCCCAAGUCCAGAAUGGCGACGAGGACAUCGACAAGUCGUACCUGGCCCCUCCCGCGCCCGUCAAACAGUUUCUGAUCUCGCCGCCUGCUUCGCCACCUGUGGGCUGGAGCCAGAGUGAAGACGCCACACCGGUCAUCAACUACGACCUGCUGUGCGCAGUAGCCAAGCUUGGACCGGGUGAACAGUAUGAGCUCCACGCGGGGACAGAGUCCACCCCCAGCGUGGUCGUCCACGUGUGCGAGAGUGAGACGGAGGAGGACGCGGCGGCGCGGCCAAAGGGGCAGAUCGUCCAGACCAGACGUCCGGAGGGACCCCCCAAAGUCCUCAACUAAAGAGGCCUCACCCCCCCGACACCGGCGCGGCCUCCGACCGCCCCUUAGACCCGCAACACCCCAGCCCUCUCUCUCUCUCGUCUCUGCAUUCACAGAGAGCGUCGCCGCCCCUCAUUUCAGUUCAACUACAGGCAAAAACAAACCAACGAACAUUGCUGAAGGACGGUGUUUGUGUGGAGCGUGGCGAUGGAAUGAGGCGGCUUGAAGGGGAUGGAUGAGAAUCACACACACACUCAUCGCAUUCUGCGGACGGCGUGGGGAGCGGCGGGCGCGCACGCGCCUCGACCCCCACCAUCACACCUCGUUUUUCCUCAAAUGGGGUGGAGAUGCCAGUCCCAACGCAGGCACCUGUCACUUAUCACACACACUCAGCUCUCAUUGCUAGUCCCGUUCAGUGGCUUGCUAACUAGUUAGCUCGUUAGCUUGUUAGCUCCUUAGCUCGUUAGCUCUUACCUCUCCCUUCGUCUCACGGCCGUGUGUUCAAUGAUCUUUGGUUAAACAAAGACAUUCAUAUUCUUUGCUUUUUUACAAUAAAUGUGUGUUGUCUGAUACAUAAAUAUAUUUAUGUAUAUCUUUUUCAUCCAUUUUCAUAACUGAUGGUUUGUGGCUUCAGCUUGUAUCAAGAUUGAGUGUGUGAUGUUCCUGCUCUUGUCUGCAUGUAUAUACUGUAUUAAAAAAGAUACGUACAGAAACACAAAUACUAACAAAAUAUAUCAAGAAAAAGGAACCUAUUUAACAUCACACACAGCACGAAGCGUCAUGUGUGACUAACAAAGUUGUGGUGAAUGUUUUGCUUUUUUUCUGCUUGUUUUGUCUUGUCUUUUUAUUUUUAUUUGGAGAGGUGUUGUUUUCUGCCUAACUGCUAGAAGUGUAUUCUUACAAUGUAUUUGAUACCCCCACACUUUUUGCAUGCUUACUUACUUCUGUAGAUGAUGAGCUGAGGUGUUUUUUAAUUGUUGUUUGUGAUGACAGGGCAACAAUAUGAGGAUUUUGACGCGAGCGGAGCUUAAAGUGACGUUUUAGGUGUGUGAGGAGCCCAAAGGUUUUCUCACGAGAUCGACAGUUCAGCCUUCAACUCGAUGGCAAAUUUUCUUCUGUCACUGUUGUUGAGAUCCAAUGAAUCAGAGACAGUUUGUCCCCCUCGUUUUCUUCAAGGGGCUUGGGAUGUGGAUUUUUUUUUUUUUUUUCUGACUCCGUUUGUUGUUCACGUCUCUAAUGUUUGGGUUAUGUUGUUUGAUCAAACUCACUUUGUAUGUGUCGGGCUUUCUUCUGAAACCUACUACUGCUUGUUUUGCACUAUCUUUUGAUAUCUCCGAGCAGUUGCGGAUGCUCUCGACCGCCACCUGCUGCGCACCAUAAUACGGCAACUUUUCUCGCUGUAAAUAGCUGAGCGGUCUGAAGAAGUAGUCCUUUUAGAUUUUGUAGUUUAUCUGAAAGCAUUUUGCUGAGAAAUGGCAAAAUUGGGAAGCCCCACGAGAUAUCAACCAAAGCAUUCACUUUGCCCAUAUUGUCAAGACAACAUUUAAUGAUUGUUGUUAUUCACGUUUAUUGUUGAAGUGAGGAGGAGAUCCCAUUUUCCCGACAACCUUUUAUUGCAUUAUUUGUAUUUUAUAUUAGCAGAUAUAAUUUGCAGUAUCUAGUUCAGUGGAAAUAUGAACAAAUGUUAACUAAUGUCUAAUAAUAAACCUUAAAUAUUCCCUAUUUUGGGGGGGAAUAUUCUCCUCUCCGUUCCGUGUCAUAUCAGUGUUUCACCUUCUCAUGUUUGGUGAAAUAUUUCAGUGCUUUAGAAGCAACAUGAACAAAUGUUCCUUACAGGGCUUUUGGUUGUCAGUGGUGAGUCCAGACCUGAUUUUUCAUUGGCAGCAUGAAAUCUAAACUACUUAUUUUACUAUGUAACAAUACUGGUGAGCAAAAGACUGUCUGCAUGUUAGCACUUUACUGUGUUUGGUUUCCUUCACAUAAAAUAGUCCUUCUUGAGACAAAAGUAGGAAGCACAUUGCAUUUCUUCUGUUUCUUGAUUGUGUUUUUUUGUCAUUUAUCUCAAGCUGAACACCUGGUUAGCCUUUUCACCAGCAUAUUGCAGUGAGUGAAACGCUCCACUUCCUUUUUGCUAGUGUGAACCUUUGAGAAUUUCAGGCCUUUUUGGUCUAUGGAGGGUGUGGAGUACAGUUACAGCUUUUGAAGGACGCAGGAUGACACUGCAAAAUAAGUAAGUGAAAUUAACGCUAUUUUCGUGUUCGUCUGCAAGAAGCGUUCAUCUUAUCUGCUGAGAAAGUUAAACUUUCUUUUCUUUUUAAUGCAGGCAGAGUGCCGUUUUAUUGGCACUACAGCAAAGCUGUUGCAGUAAUCUUAGUAGGCAGAAUAUUGAGGGAACUACUGAGGUGUGUUUUGAUAAAGAGGAAGCAGCGGAGCAGAAGGAUGACACUCGUGAAGUUCUUUCUUUUUUUUUUUACUCUCUGUGGUCAUGGUGUUUAAAACCGGGCGCAUUUUGGUCACAGUUGAAAUGAAAAUGUAUAUUUAUGUACAUAUGCCAAGUGUUUUUGUCUUUUUUUGUUGUUGUUGUUGCUGAGGCCAGUCCCAGUAUGCAGUUUGUUACAGCUUAUCUUGGCAAUGUUGUAAUGGGGGAAAAAAUACAAAAAUAUGUAACUCAGUCCUAAAGAUGCUCGAUCAAAAACCAAUUGUCUUUGUGUUGUGCUCAACAUGGACUCUGUUUGAAUGUUUCUUUCAUUUCAUGGGAACGUCUACUAAAAAGGUCAAUGAUACCGAUUGUCACUGUUGUACCGUUUCUGUUGGAAUAUGAAUAGUGUGUCUUGUGUUGUAGGAAUCCAGAAAACAAAGUAGCAAAACAAGCAAUAAUUUACAGUUCUAUAAUACCGGUAUGCGUAUUUUCAUGUUCUGUACUCUCAGAGAUGGUCUCUGUCUCUUACAGUAUCCGCUUCUAUUUGUGCAGUAUAAUAGCCAUUUGUUUCACAUAGAGAAAUACAUAAACGUAUUCUUAAAAGCAA